UCCAGAGUCUCUACCAUUUUACGAUUGGAGUGCCCGUUUUGGAUACGCGCAUUUCGAGCCUGCCUGCAUACCCAUCCACGAAAUCGAAGACGAACUAGCGGAUAAAGUCAGUAGCUACAACGUGGAUCAUGUGGGAGAAACAGUGGAAAAGAAAGGAGAGCUUCUAGUGGGUUAUAGGCGAUGGAGGCGAUGGAGGCCUGUGUCCGGGGAAGCCUCUGGGGGUGUCAAGCAGGAGCUAGCUCCGCGUUGAGGCGCCAAAUAAGGCUCAAGCUCGUAGUACGCAAUUGCAGUUCACAGCGAUCUGUCUGGUGGAAAGCUGGAGCGGCGCUGUUGCUGAAGUCUGCAAGUGCAUCAGCCUGCGCUCGCCACAAGCAGGUUCCAGUACUGGGAUGCAUCUCCAGCAGCCUGGCGACUGGUGCAGGAGGGGGCUGCAAUUUCAACAGUGGUGGAGGCCAAGGACCAGGAGGAGGAGGUGGAGGCGGAGAUGGGUUUCAGACGUCGGCUGUGCCAGCACAGUCAGUGAGUGGCGAAGCUGACGAUUCGAGUGCUGCUCAACCAGUAAUUAUUCUCGACGUUGGGGGAAUGUCGUGUGGUGGGUGCGCAGCGUCCGUAAAGAGGAUCCUUGAGUCCCAGGUUCAAGUAGCUUCUGCUACUGUCAAUCUUGCCACAGAAACCGCAGUUAUUCACGUCAAACAGGAUUCUCCUGCAGCAUCUAAUCGGGAGAUUGCGGAACAUCUUGCAAAUCACCUGACUACUUGCGGAUUUAAAUCAUCAGUACGAGAACAAGGGUCCCAAAGUCGUCUUCAAGCAGCUUACAAAAGAAAAGAGGAACGUAAAGUUCGUUUGAAAGACUCUGGGCGGAGAUUGGCAGCAGCCUGGACGCUAUUUUCUCUGAGUCUCGUUGGCCACGCAAGUCACUUCGGUCUCAAAUAUUUUCCUCCAUGGCUACAUUUUUUCCACUCAGUGAGCUUUCAGAUGUCUCUUUGCGUUUUCUCGCUAGUAGGACCUGGCCGCAGCCUUCUCUUGGACGGAUGGAAAAGCUUUCGUCGAAGGAGUCCCAAUAUGAACACCCUGGUGGGCUUAGGAGCUCUUUCAUCUUUUGCAGUCAGUGUCAUCGCGGCACUAUAUCCAAAGCUGGGUUGGAGUUCGUUUUUCGAAGAGCCCGUAAUGCUUUUAGCUUUCGUGUUGCUCGGCAGAGCAGUGGAAGAAAGAGCAAAAGUGAAGGCAAGCAGUGAUAUGGAAAGCCUACUUGGACUUCUUCCCAAAAAUGCUCGGCUUGUUAUGGGGAAAAGCUUAGACGAAGUUCCAUCGACAGUGGACGUUCCAUGUGAUAGCAUUGUACUGGGAGACCGGGUUAUGGUCUUACCUGGGGACAUUAUCCCAGUGGAUGGCAUUGUGAAAGAAGGCAGAAGCACUGUGGAUGAAUCCAGUCUUACUGGUGAACCUCUUCCGAUUUUGAAGAAAUCUGGUGAUGAAGUAAAUGCUGGAACAGUGAACCACAAUGGUGUGAUCCUGGUUGAAGCAGUGCGGUCUGGUGAUGAAACCGUUGUUGGGGAUAUUGUGAGGAUGGUAGAGAACGCUCAAUUAAGAGAAGCACCAAUACAGAGGUUGGCUGACAAGGUUUCAGGCAAGUUUUGUUAUGCAGUAAUGGCCUUAUCUGUCGCCACUCUCGGAUUUUGGAGCGUUUUGGGACCAAAGCUGUUUCCUUCCGUCAUCCCGACUGGUGGUGGACUUCUUCUCGGCCUACAGCUUGCUUGUAAUGUGCUUGUGAUUGCCUGUCCUUGCGCUCUUGGACUUGCCACACCAACCGCUGUUCUGGUGGGCACGUCACUGGGAGCACGAAAUGGUUUACUAGUUCGAGGUGGAGACAUUCUAGAAAAAGCAUCCGCUGUUGAUGCGGUUGUGUUCGACAAGACUGGCACACUUACACUGGGGAGGCCUGUUGUGGUUGACGUGGUGUUAAAUAAGUACUGGAGUAAAGAAGAAGUUCUAAAGUUUGCUCAUGGAGUGGAACGUACAGCAAGCCAUCCUCUCGCAAAAGCCAUUGUUCAGGAAGCAGAAAACGUAGGAUCUACGGGCGCAUUGGUGCAAGAUGGAUCUUUCGAGCAAGAACCUGGGAGUGGGGCAACAGCUGUUGUGGAUGGAAAGAGAGUAACUGUCGGCACCUUAGAUUGGGUCCAAAGGUUCGGAACGGUUGGAGAGCCCCCGCGACUUCUGGGAAAUCCGGAAGGAAGAACAGUUGUUUUUGUCGGGGUGGACAACUCCAUUGCUGCUGCUAUCACUUUGGUCGACGAAAUCAGGGACGACGCCGCGGAGACUGUGAGAGCUCUGCAGAGGUUGGGAGUAUCGACGUAUAUGCUGUCGGGUGACAAACGUGAAGUUGCCGAGCUCGUGUCAAGGAAUGUGGGAAUUGAUAGAAACAAGGUGUUUUCUGGAGUGAGGCCUCACGGAAAAGCUGAGCUUAUUGUUCAGCUUCAAAAGGAGAAGAAGACCGUGGCCAUGGUUGGAGAUGGUAUCAACGACGCGGCAGCACUUGCACAGGCCGAUGUGGGAAUAGCCAUGGCAACGGGUAUAGGAGCUGCAAGCGAGGUGGCGUCCAUUGUUCUCAUGCGAGACAAACUGCUUCAAGUGGUGGAUGCUCUCGAAUUAAGCCGAAGAAUCCAGAGAAAGAUAAAGCAGAACUUAUGCUGGGCAUUCAUGUACAACAUAAUUGGUUUGCCAAUAGCUGCGGGGGCUCUUGUUCCAGCCACCAGAGUGAUGCUCACGCCGUCACUGGCGGGUGCUCUCAUGGGAUUGAGCUCGCUGGGAGUGGUGACUAAUUCGCUCCUGCUUCACUGGGAAUACUUUGUUCACGUGGACAAGCAUCGCAGUAAAGCACCACUCGGAGCGAGCGAUAGCAUUGCCAUUGUUACUUCAUGAUUCGUUCAACUUUCACAUUCUUCACGAACUCAGUGAGUUUUGAGGAAGAAAAACUGCGAUUCUUUACUCAUCGUUAUCUUACAAUUCUGCAACUCCAAGGCUUGUCCCAGCUGUAAUAAUAGUAAACAUCGCACCUCA